UCCCAACCCUUCUGUUUCUUGUAUCAUAUCCUACCUCGAUCUCUUCCCUGGGGGCCCUGACGCGGUGGCGGUCAGUGGAGGAGGUGUGCUCCGUGGCCCAGGUGCACUGGGUGGCCCAGUACAACCCGCCGGCGGCCCCUGAGGGCGCGGGCCAGCGCAGGCGGGACCCGGAGGCAGUCGAGCAGGAGAUGAGGCAGCUGGAGAAGGAACUACAGAAGCUUCUCCUUAUAACCAUUAAGUUACCGGACUCUGCGUUCUGGUUCGAGCCCCCGCAGAUGGUUCUGUGGGACGACGCCAAGAAGUGCUGGUCUAAUGAGUACUUCCACGACGUCAAGUACAACGAGGACCAGUGUGUCAUGCAGGUUCGGACGACGCGUCUAGGCGUGAUGGGGCUGGCUAUGAACCGGUUCGCCAACCUGCCGUUCCAGAGCUGGGAGUUGAAGCCGGAAGGUGGGAGAGCUGUCACUCUCACUCUCAUAGCUGCUGUGGUCGUUGCUCAGUUUACCAUCAUGGAGGGGGGCCAGGUGUGCCUGGCCAACCUGCAGGACGGGGCGCGCACGGCCCUCUCUCACCUCUACGGGAAGCCUAUGAAGCCCAACGCUCUCAUCAAGACUCUACAAUUCUACGGCAUCAACCUGUUCCCCGACCGCGACUCCUACUGCUACAUAGACGGCCUGCCGACGAAGCACCGGCCCACGGAGCAGCACCUUUACCGCUGCAUGGCCCUCGUCGCCCCCACCGUCCACUUCGCCUGGAGUCGCUGGAAUCUCUUGGCCGGUACGACCAAGCUCGUCUUCCAGAUGAAGACCAAGAAGCUGGCCGCAGACGACACCCAGAUGGGGCAGCCCCUGGUGUUGGUCACCCCACAGAAGACCAGCGUGCUGCAGUGCACAGAGAUCUCCCAGGCCUUCUCUAACAACGACCAGGACCCUUCCAAGUACUACGCGGAUCUGUAUCAGCUGGUGUUGGGAGAGGUGGGUGAAGGGGCCAGGCGGAUGCUGGAGGAUGCUUCCCCGGUCUUCAUCCAUACCAUCCACCACAUGCUCAAGUCCGCCUCCGUCAUCUCCUACUGUUGACCUUCUGACCUUCCUGCUCGUCUGCCUGCUGCUGCUGCUGCUGUUGGUCCUGCUGCCCCUACGCCUCCUCCUGCUGCUGCUGCCCCCUACGCCUCCUCCUGCUGUUGCUGCUGCCCUAC